AUGGAUCCAGAGAAUCUUCCUGUUAUCAAUAAUUUCCUUGAUCCCAAUGAGCCAACAUUAGCGGAGGCCCGCCAGAGCCGCAUGCACUUCCACGACAACCAGAGGAAGGUUGAUUAUGUCCUAGCCUAUCACUACCGGAAGAGGGGAGCCCCCCCAGGCCAUGGUUCUCCUGGUCAUCACAGGGCUCCCCUGGCUGUCAUCUCCAAUGGGGAGAUGGGCAAGGAGCCCAAUGCUGCUGGGCAGGGGGACAUGAUGAUUGAAAUGGGACCCCUGGAUGCCUUGGAGGAGGAAAGGAAGGAGCAGAGGGAGGAGUUUGAGCGUAACCUUAUGGAAGCUGGGCUGGAGCUGGAGAAGGACUUGGAGAACAAGAGCCAGGGGUCCAGUUUUGUCCGGAUACACGCCCCAUGGCAGGUGCUGACCCGAGAGGCUGAAUUCCUGAAGAUCAAAGUCCCCACCAAAAAAAUGUACGAGAUCAAAUCAGAAGGUGCCAUUGCAAAGAAGUUCAAUGAUAUUCUGCAGAAGAUGAGUUAUCCCUUACAGCCCAGAGUACCAGAACACAGCAACAACAAGAUGAAAAACCUCUCCUACCCCUUCUCCAGGGAGAAACUGUAUCUGUACAACAUCCAGGACAAGGACACCUUCUUUGACAAUGCCACCAGGAGCCGCAUUGUGCAUGAAAUCUUGAAACGUACAUCCUGUUCUCGAGCCAACAACACAAUGGGUAUUAAUUCAUUAAUAGCAAACAAUAUCUAUGAGGCUGCCUACCCACUUCAUGAUGGUGAAUAUGAAGGUCCUGAGGAUGACAUGAAUGACAGAAAGCUCCUCUAUCAAGAAUGGGCACGAUAUGGAGUGUUUUAUAAAUUUCAACCUAUUGACCUCAUCAGGAAGUAUUUUGGAGAAAAAAUUGGCCUGUAUUUUGCUUGGUUGGGUUUAUAUACUUCAUUCCUCAUUCCAUCUUCAGUAAUUGGGGUGAUAGUCUUCCUCUAUGGCUGUGCAACAAUAGAAGAUGAUAUUCCUAGCAAAGAGAUGUGUGACCAGCAGAAUGCCUUCACAAUGUGCCCACUCUGUGACAAAUCCUGUGACUAUUGGAACCUCAGUACUGCAUGUGGCACAGCACGGGCCAGUCACCUAUUUGACAAUCCUGCCACUGUCUUUUUCUCCAUCUUCAUGGCCCUGUGGGCCACCAUGUUCCUUGAAAACUGGAAGCGGCUGCAGAUGAGACUAGGCUACUUCUGGGAUCUGACUGGCAUAGAAGAGGAAGAAGAACAUUCCCGACCUGAAUAUGAAACUAAGGUUCGAGAAAAAAUGCUGAAAGAGAAUAAGUCCCUCGUCCAGAAAAUGGAAACAGAUAAAACUGAGAGUGAUGAUGAGGACGAUGAUGACAAGUUGACUUGGAAAGACCGGUUCCCUGGGUACUUGAUGAAUUUUGCUUCAAUCAUGUUCAUGAUUGCACUGACAUUCUCCAUUGUCUUUGGGGUGAUUGUAUACCGAAUUACAACCGCAGCUGCCCUGUCUCUCAACAAAGCUACCCGUUCCAAUGUCCGGGCGACAGUGACAGCAACAGCAGUCAUCAUCAACCUGGUUGUCAUCCUCAUCCUGGAUGAGAUCUAUGGCGCUGUAGCCAAAUGGCUCACCAAAAUUGAGGUACCGAAAACAGAACAGACCUUCGAGGAGCGACUCAUCCUCAAAGCUUUCCUGCUGAAGUUCGUCAAUGCCUAUUCCCCAAUUUUCUACGUGGCCUUUUUCAAAGGGAGGUUUGUUGGGAGGCCUGGGAGUUAUGUUUAUGUGUUUGAUGGUUACCGAAUGGAAGAGUGCGCUCCAGGGGGCUGCCUCAUGGAGCUCUGCAUUCAACUCAGCAUCAUCAUGUUGGGGAAGCAACUCAUCCAGAACAACAUCUUUGAGAUUGGUGUCCCGAAACUCAAGAAACUAUUCCGAAAGCUGAAGGAUGAGACAGAGCCCGGAGAAACUGACUCUGCACAAUCAAAGCACCCUGAGCAGUGGGACCUGGACUAUAGCUUGGAGCCAUAUACUGGAUUGACUCCUGAAUAUAUGGAAAUGAUUAUCCAAUUUGGAUUUGUCACCCUGUUUGUGGCCUCCUUUCCUCUGGCUCCAGUGUUUGCCCUUCUCAACAAUGUUAUUGAAGUCAGGCUUGAUGCCAAGAAGUUCGUCACAGAGCUGAGACGUCCCGAUGCCGUGAGAACCAAAGACAUAGGAAUUUGGUUUGACAUUCUUUCAGGGAUUGGAAAGUUCUCCGUUAUUAUCAAUGCCUUUGUCAUUGCUGUUACCUCCGACUUCAUUCCUCGCCUUGUGUACCAAUACUCCUAUAGUCACAACGGAACCCUUCAUGGCUUCAUCAACCAUACUCUGUCCUAUUUCAAUGUCAGCCAGCUGAAGGAAGGUACACAGCCAGAGAACUCACAGUUUGACCAGGAGGUUCUUUUCUGCAGAUUUAAGGAUUACCGAGAGCCACCAUGGGCCCCAAACCAAUAUGAAUUUUCAAAACAGUACUGGUCUGUCUUGUCUGCCCGCUUGGCUUUUGUCAUCAUCUUCCAGAACCUUGUGAUGUUUCUCAGUGUCCUUGUGGACUGGAUGAUCCCAGACAUCCCGAAGGACAUCAGUGACCAGAUCAAAAAGGAAAAGAGCCUGCUGGUAGACUUUUUCCUGAAGGAGGAGCAUGAGAAACUAAAGCUGAUGGACUCUUCCCAGAGGGUUCAGAGCGGGGAAGAUCGAAGCACUCGCAAGAGUCGGGCUGCUAGCUUUCGACAGUCCAGCAGGAGUCAGAGGGGCAGUUAUGCUUCCUCUGCCUCCCAGCACACUGAUGUGUGAUGCUCAGAGACACCAGGGGCAGACGCAAAUGUGGAGGACCCACAGCUAGAGACUCACAGACACACACACAUACAUAUCAGAGCACACAUAUUUUCUACAUAGAGGUGUGUGGGGUGGAUGUGUGCAUCUGCCCAUAUUUUUCCUGUCUUAUAGGAUCUUGAAACUGA